UUAUUGAUCGAGAAUCAUAGAAGGGGGUUUGAAUUGACAUUUUCUACUAGGUAUUAGGCGGAUGUUCACAGAGUAGAUCGGUUCGGUAAUAACUACUGAGUACUCUUGCCGAGCUCUUCAGUUAAAACUUGUCUUCCGUAGGUACAGGUAAACCAGCACAGGAUGACAAAGGUUGUACACAAACAAGAAUUAAAAUCAGCCAUGUCCAAAAAAAGUGAGAAUAAAACCAAAAAAGCAAUUCCAGCCAAGAAACUAAAAAUGAGUUUUUUUACAAAGUUUCUGGUACUGAUUUUUGGGAUGAUAAUCUUCAGCAAAUUGAUAUCUCCUGUCCGGGCCUCAGAUAGGCCUCCUGUCCGUGCUGCAGAUAGGCCUCCUGUCCGUGCCUCAGAUAGGCCUCCUCUCCUUGGUUCAGAUACAUGUGAUUAUGAUUGGUCAAACAAUCCAAAAAACAAUAAGGUGACACCAGGUGAUAACCAGACGUUUAGGAUUUCGUUCAAAUGCCAGUCAAGUGUGAUAAAUAUACAGGUUGUGUUUUAUACGGACAGGAGCUCAACUCCAAUAAAUGUGUGGAAGUUGUAUGAUGAAAGAGGAAAUCAGGCCUAUAAUCCACAAUUUAAAGAAGGAAUACAGAUUGAAGUUGAUCUUAAGAAUGGUAAAAUGAAUAUGACUGUGAACAACAUAACACUUCAAGGUAGAAUUGUAGUUAGGAUUGAUGUUCCUAAUGUUCCUAAUGGUCGUAUAUAUAUUCCACCACAACAAGUACCAGAAACUUCAACUGAUAAUUCUGUGAUACCAUCGGUGGAAGGCAGUACCGUGGUUAUUUGGUUUUUAUUUGAUGUUAAUAAUGUAACAUCUUUUAAUAUAAAGUUUUUGAAAAAGAUAAUUGAUCCCUCCACCAAACAUCGCAUAACUAAUGAAACUGCUGGAUCGCACACGAAAAUAUCUUUAGUUAUCAACCAGGUAUCGUUAGAAGAUGCAGGAAUCUACAAAUGUUAUGUAAAUAAUUUCCAACAAUCUAUUGACAGAAAACUGUCAGUUUCGGAAUUCAGUUGGAUCAUUGAGAAGAAAGAUGUUCCGGGUUGUGUUGGUGAAGAUUUAAAUUUGGAAUGGAAAUUCAAGACACCUCAGGUUCCAGAUGAAGUUCUGGCAUUUAAAGACAAGACAAGGGGAUUGGUUAAAUGGAGCAAUGGAAGGAUUGAACAUGCCGGUUGGCCUAGAUUUGAUUUCAACUUGACAAGUAAUGGUACAAUAUGGAGGAUAUUACUAACCAUUAGAAACCUAACCAGUGAGGAUCUCACUGAUUAUAUGACAACAUUGGAUUUUGGUAGGGACGCGUAUAUUCUUAGUCCAGGUUUACACGUUACAGGAAAGACAUCUUGUUCAGAUGAAAGUAUAGUUGAUUCAACAACCAGGCCAACCACGAACAACGAAAUCAAGACAACGACAAUGGAAAACAGAGAAGUACAGCAUAAAAGUACAUCAACAUGGAUCAUAGUAACGGUACCUGUGUUAUUAUUAUUAAUAAUAAUAAUAAUAAUAAUAAUAAGAAAAAGAAUUUUAGCAUUUGUCUCCAGAAGGAAAAUUAGAUACAAGAGGAAGAAUAAUAGUGAUGAUGUGAACAGUAAGAUGUUAACUUGCAGAAGUGGCUAAUAUUAAUAAAAAAAAAAUAUAUAUAAAAGCCAUAAAAAAAUAUGUUAAGCCUAAUAUAAAAAAAAUAUAUAUUAGGCCUAAUAUAAAAAAUAUAUAUAUUAGGCCUAAUAUGAAAAAAUAUAUAUAUUAGGCCUAAAAUAAAA